AUGGCGGUUUACAGGCAGAAGAAGAAUCAAGAUCCCAAGGGCAACAGGCUCUUGAUUAGCAUAACUUUUUUGGGAAGUGCAGGGCCGAUCCGCUUCAUCGUCAACGAAGAAGAACUGGUUGCUGCUGUCAUUGAUACUGCUCUGAAAUCCUAUGCUCGUGAAGGUCGGCUUCCUGUUCUUGGCUCUAAUCUCAACGAUUUCCUACUUUAUUGCCCCAGUGCUGGUUCAGAUGCACUGAGUCCAUGGGAGACAGUCAUAUCACAAGGGGCACGAAAUUUCAAGUUGUGCAAGAAGCCAAGGACUGAGAAGAUGGAUGAUGAUGGAAGAAGUUCAACUCAAGCAAUAACUACGAAUGAAGAUGGGAAUUGGAAGGCAUGGAUCAACAAAUUCCUCAACCUUAAGAUUUCCUCCCAUUAA